AUGUACAGCAAGGAGCAAGUCGACCACGGUGCCAUCAUCGUUCAAGAAGCGGUGAAAAUAGACGAAGGUGAUGACGAAGAAACACUACAUGCAAAGAUUCGUGAAAAGGAACAUCAGGUGUUUCCCGAAGCUAUGCAACGAGUGGCCAAGCUACUACUCCAGUCCGAAUUAGCUUACUCCACUGCCAAAUGUAAUGGAAAAUGCCAUGAAUGA